AUGGCGGUAGACCGAUUUGGGGAAAACGCGUGGGCAACGGUUUACGCUGGUGAUGUGAAGGAGCAGUCGUCGGCAACAUCCUCGCACGCCGUCGAAGCCACCAUCAAGAAGGACGAACCAGAGGAGCCUGUUGCCGUCCCUACACCUAUCGGCUGCUGGAAGGUCAUCUCGCCUGAGGGCCGAGAGGAACACGUCUUUAGGCCUAUCCCUGGCUUCGAACACCUGUGCAACGGCCCAGCAAAGUCGCAGGGAGUAGCCCGUCUGGCAGAUCCGCCUAAAGCCAUCCCCACGCCAGUCUACCAGCCUGCUGUGGUCCAGGUACCGGGUAAGAUCGAAUGCCUGCUCUGCCCAGCUACGUCGGGAGAUGUUCAACCCAAGAGCCGGAAGAGAGCUCGGUCGCGCCCAGGGGAACCGCGUCAAGGCGCAGCUCAGCACUUCAGCGAAGAUGGAGACGACGAGCAGUACGACGAUAGAGAUGUCCCUGUGGCAACACAGAAGUCUUACACCUUCUACAUUGGCGAUGUCAAACCGUUGAUGGGCUUCUUCCACCGAAGACUCGAUGAGCUCACUAUGAAACCAGUGCGGCCCAUCGUCACGGCUUGGGUCAAGCAACUAGAGCCUAAGCGUCUCAGCCUGUACGGGCCCUACCACAAGAAGCUGCCCAAGGAGCAGCCCUCUGAAUGCACCCCACCUUGGUGGCCCCACGAUGUACCCUAUGAAGAGCCUUCGCAUCUGGACAAGGCGGGCAAGUCAUCACAUCUGUCUCUGAACUUGAGCAACAGCUAA